GCGUGGUGCGGGCGCAGCACAGCCAGGACAGCAGGAUGGGGGAGCCCUACAGCAAGGCGGAGACCCUCGCCCUGCGGAAGAAGCAUAUCGGGCCUUCCUGCAAAGUUUUCUUUGCCAAGGACCCUCUGAAGAUAGUGCGUGCUCAGGGCCAAUAUAUGUUUGAUGAGAAUGGAGAAAAGUACUUAGACUGUAUCAACAACGUCGCACACGUUGGCCACAGUCAUCCAUAUGUGAUAAAGGCUGCCACAAAACAGAUGGAACUGCUCAAUACAAAUUCCCGAUUCCUGCAUGACAACCUGGUUCAGUACGCUCAGCGCCUUACAGCUACCUUGCCAGAGAAACUCUCGGUUUGCUAUUUUGUUAACUCUGGGUCUGAAGCAAACGAUCUUGCUUUACGACUGGCUCGGCAGUACCACGGGCAUCAAGAUGUGAUCACCCUUGAAAAUGCUUACCAUGGCCAUGUUACAUCUCUGAUUGACAUCAGUCCCUAUAAAUUUAAUCAGCUGGAAAAGGACAGCAAGAAGGAGUUUGUGCACGUGGCUCCCUCUCCAGAUAUCUACAGAGGAAAAUAUAGGGAAGACCACCCAGAUCCAGCAAGUGCUUAUGCGGAAGAGGUGAAAAAGAUUAUCGAAGAAACGCAGAAGAAUGGACGCAAGAUUGCUGCCUUCAUAGCUGAAUCCAUGCAGAGCUGUGGAGGCCAAGUAAUUCCACCAGUGGGCUACUUCCAGAAAGUGGCAGAAUAUGUGCAUGCAGCUGGUGGUGUAUUCAUAGCUGAUGAGGUCCAAGUUGGCUUUGGAAGAGUUGGGAAACAUUUUUGGGCUUUCCAACUGCAAGGUGAAGACUUUGUGCCUGACAUUGUCACCAUGGGAAAACCCAUUGGCAAUGGCCAUCCUAUGUCUUGUGUAGUCACAACGAGGGAAAUUGCUGAAGCUUUUGGUGCCUCUGGAUUGGAGUAUUUCAAUACAUUUGGAGGCAAUCCAGUGUCUUGUGCUAUUGGUUUGGCUGUACUAGAAGUAAUAGAAAAAGAAGAUCUCCAAGGAAAUGCAACUCGUGUAGGAAAUUAUCUCCUAGAAUUGCUGUCUGAACAAAAGCAGAAGCAUCCCUUAUUGGGAGAUAUCAGGGGUGUUGGAUUGUUUGUUGGAGUGGAUCUGGUGAAGGAUCAGCAAAAGAGAACACCAGCCACAGCUGAAGCCCUUCACCUUAUUUACAAGCUGAAAGAACAGCAAAUCCUUCUUAGUGCAGAUGGACCUCACAGAAACAUAUUAAAAUUUAAACCGCCAAUGUGUUUCACUAUGGAAGAUGCAAAACACGUAGUGGACAAAAUUGAUGUACUUCUCACAGAAAUAGAAGAGGCAACUGGAAUGAAGACAGGAAACGAUGCAUCUACAAAUGCACAGUGUAAAAUAAAAACAAAAGGAGGGAAUUCCCAACCAGAGUCUGUUACUGCAAGCGUCAGCCAUAUCAAUGGAGCUCCCUGCAAACAAGAAAAUGGUUUUUAUUCUGAUAAACGCUCAGUGCCAAGUAAAAGACUACAAACAUGAAGAGGAGAAGUUUUCUUCUUCAGUUCAAAUUUGUUUCCUGUUUGCUAUUGAGAUGAUGAGUGCAAUAGUCUGAGUCCUAUGAUCUGUUUGAAGCCUAGUCCUAUCUUUCUUGUGCUGGUUAAAUUCCUGUUAGCUUCAUUAGGAGUUUAAAAUAUAUGUUCAGAUACGUGAAAACUGCAUUAAGUGGCCUGAAAUCUAAACGUGACAGAAUGGGCACGUGACACAUGAAUUAAAUUAUUUCAGUUCCUUGGUGCUGAUCACAGGCUUGACAUAGGCACAAAAACCUCAGUGAAAUCUGUGGAUUUACCCAUGUUACACAGAAUCUGAACCACUGCUUAACCACUAUGCAAGCACCUAUUAACAUGAUACGCUUAACAUGCUGUUUUUAGAAUAUUUUAAAUUUCAAUAUGCAAUAUUGAGAUGUUAAUUGCUUCCCAUGUUUUAAUGGCUGAAUUCACAAAACAAUGCUUGAGAGAGAAAUCGUUAUUAUCUUCUAGCAUGACUUAGGUCCUAUGGACCAUAUUCCCAGCUGAUGUAAAUUGGUGUAGCUUUGUUAAUGUCAAUGAUGCUCUACCAAGAGUCUGCCACUGUGCACGCAGAGACACAGUGUUUAUGCAAGGCACUUUCCCUUGGUGUUCAGAGAAAAUUAAGAAUGUGGAUCAUAAUUUUCUAUGGAUAAAGCAACUUUUAUAGAUGACUAUUUAUACAGAGUUAGAUUUUAUGAAUCUUUUUGAAAGUUUAUAUAUUGUACCCUCUCAGUUCACAAAAUAUGCAAACAGAGUACAUGUAAUUUCAGAUACACUGAUUGAAUUGAACCUGCAGGUCUCUCAAAAAUGACGUUCCCAGGGACAGCCCAGCUCACAUUCCCAUGGCUUUUAGAUGUCUUGAAAAAUCAAAGGAACUAGUGCCUCACCCUUCCCUAACACUGCUGCUACUUUUUGUCAUUGGAGGUGAAGAGUUGCAUACUGGUUGCACAGGAUCCUGAUACACAAUUGGCUAUGCUAAUUUGAUAGACUACUAAAAUGAGAAGACCACCGCAGAGAGUAUGUGUGCAACCACUUUGCAGCCACUGCCUAGCUGUGCUGCAGGCACCUUUGACUUCCUUGCUGUCUUGUCAACGUUAAAUUUCAAUGAGAACACUCAAGCCCUGUUUUUCAACACCUGCACAACCUCACUCUAUGAAACAUACUGAGGGUUUUACAAAUGGUUUGUAUUUCAGGGAGAAGACAGAACUAUGUCUCCCAUUUAAUUUUCAUAUCCCAAGUUCCGCUUUUUUGUAGUUGCUGCUAUGGACUCUACUGGUAUGACUGAAAAUUGAGCACCUUACCUAGCUUCGUAUUUCCCACGUUUGCUACAUUAAUAUUGAUAUUGCCUGUUUAACUUCUUCCAACAUCACCAAGCUGGCUUAUUUCCUAUUUCAUGAUUCUUUAAUAAUUCCCCGAAAUAAAUCUCGUAAUUAUGAA